UGCGUCUCACCGUCCGGGAGGAAUGGCAGGCUGGGGAGCUUUCUUCGUUUCUCUCCUCAACUACAAGACGGAGAAAUAUGUCAUCGCUGAAAACAGGAAGAUCGGGAUUUUAUUCAGACUCUAUCAGCUGGCUGUGCUCGGAUACAUAAUCGGGUGGGUUUUUGUGAUGAAGAAAGGUUACCAGGAGAGAGAGGAGGCCAUCCAGACGUCCGUCAUCACAAAGCUUAAAGGAGUUACUCUGACCAACAGCUCAGAGACCGGCCUUCAUCUGUGGAGUGCUGAGGACUACGUCAUACCACCUAGUGGUGAGCAGGUGUUCUUCAUAGUUACAAAUUACAUAGAGACACCCAAUCAGAGGCUGGGGUUCUGUGCAGAAAGUAACAAGGUACCAGAUGGACAAUGUCAAAGUGAUGAUGACUGCCCAGAGGGGGAGGCGGUGAUAGCUGGUAAUGGAAUCAAGACAGGUGUGUGUCUAAACAGCACUGGGACAUGUGAGAUUCACGCCUGGUGUCCUGUCGAAUACAGCAAGAGACCCACAGAGCCUUUACUUAAAGAGGCGGAGAACUUCACCAUCUACAUCAAGAACUUCAUCAGGUUUCCAAAGUUUGAAUUCUCAAAGUCCAACGUCCUUGAAACGUCUGACGACAACUAUCUGAAAAAAUGUUCCUUUGAUAAAGAGAGCAAUCGAUACUGCCCCAUUUUCCGCCUCGGAGAUCUGGUCAGCUGGACAGGAAAUGACUUCCAGGAACUGGCUGCUAAGGGCGGCACUGUUGGCAUUCUCAUUGAGUGGGACUGUGACCUGGACAAAGACUCUUCACACUGUAACCCAGAGUACAGCUUCACUCGUUUGGACAUGAACCUAAACAGCUCAGUCACAUCAGGAUACAACUUCAGAUAUGCCAGAUAUUACAAGGAUCAAAGUGGUGGGAAUUAUCGUGAUUUGUACAAAGUGUAUGGGAUCCGCUUUGAUAUCAUGGUCAAUGGCCAGGCUGGAAAAUUCAACAUUGUUCCUACAAUAAUUGCCAUUGGAUCAGGUGUUGCUCUGCUGGGUAUAGGAGCGUUUGUGUGUGAUAUGAUUCUCCUCUACAUGAUGAACACGAGCUCCUUCUACAGAGAGAGGAAGUUUGAAAUCAUCAACUUCAAGAAAGAAAAGAACAAACCUAAGGAAGGGAAGCCAGGACAAAGAGAAAAGAGAUCCAGGAAACGGCCAGCAGAAAAAGAUGCAGAAAACUCCAUCAAAAAGGAGGGGGAGGAAUCUUCUCCGGUUGAAGAGAACCAGCAGCCUGUGGAAAGAAGGGGUCCCACGAUUCCACGUAACACGGGACAGCGGUACUCAGCCCUCGUGUCUCCCCAGGGCUCAGAGCCGAAGCAUCACAUCCAUUUCGCUUCUGUUUCUGCUUCACAAGCUUGAGUUUCCAGGCAGAGCAAGAUGAGUCGCCUUCAGCGGUCCCCGAUUAGUUUCAGAUGGGAGAAGCAAAGGUUGGACUUCUUCUCUCCCUGUAGGGCUGUGUGUAGACCUCUGAUUCAGUGGCACUCGUCUGGACUGAGGAUAUGUUGGUCCAACAAAAAGGUCUAUUAUGGACACUGUGGGCCAGGAUGCUGAUGGAGAAACACUUCACAAAGGUGGAUUUCAGUGGCUGUGUGAGGAUCUAAAUGUGGGACUUGGGAGAUUUCAACUGGUCCAUUAAUUACUAUGAGAAAAAGAGGCAUAAUAAUGCUGAUGCAAAUAGCAAAAUGAUACAGAAGUACUGAUGCAAACUGACAAAAAUAUGCUGACAUACGCUGAAUACUGCUUUAUCAAUGCGAAGAAGGAACCACAUCUCUGUUAAUGUUGUAAAACCAGUAAUUAGAGCUUUUAUGGCUGUUGAUCAGACUAAUGAAGCUUCAUUUCCAGAUCACAUUAAAAACCUCUGAUUUUAAAAAGCUGGGAUGUUAUGUUAAAUGUAAAUACAAGAACUACUACCUGACAGUUACAUAUCUCAGCAGGGUGGACUGUGAAAGUCCAGCAAUGGGUCAUGAAAAGGGUGAGGGUGGUUUUUGUUGUAGUGAUUCGUAUAAAUCAUAGAGUCUAGAAAAUAUUGGCUAAAGUCUGAGUGAAGGUAGCUUUUUGGCUACUAAAGAAGGAUUUGGAGUUCAGUCUGCAUUUCAUAUUUAAAAUGCUAUCUCAAACUAACUUUAGGUCAACCUAGAAACAGACAAGGAGCCGAAGCAGGUCUAAAGCCUUCAAACAUUGUGCCAGCAUGUAGUUUUUUCAACUAUACUACUAAUAAUGCAUAACUUAAUAUCCUUACUAAAACCAAAAUUGAGUAGUUAUGCUAAUAAGAGAGUACUACAGCGCCUAUAAAAAGUAUUCAACUGCUUGGAUGUUGCACCCUUUUAUUGAUUUUAUAAAUCAAUCAUGGUCAGUGUAAUUUGGCUUUAUGGACAAACGAACCCUUUAAUGUCAAGUGAAAACAGAUUUCCUCAAAAUAAUAUCAAUAAGAUACAAAUAUGUAAUGUAGAAUAAGUGACUGCAUAAAUAUUCACACCCUUUAAAGUGUCUGACCUAGUUUGCCAGAGGUCCAGCCAAUUGGUGCUGGUAGUACCACAAUUAGUGAAUGGGGAUUACCUGAAUGCAGUGAAUGUGUCUCAAGUGAUUGUAGUAUAAAGACAACUGUGUCCGGAAGGUCCAGUCACUGGUUAAUCAGUUUUCCUGGCUACCAUUACACCAUGAAGA